CUCGGCCAGACAUCGUAUCUUGUCGAUCGGAUCGAACCCCAAAAAUGGGAUCAUCCCAAAGAUCGGAAGAAAGAAACGCGCGCAACUGAUCCCCCCACCCACCGUCAUGACGCAGCAUCACAGGGUCGCCCCCAGAGCUACUGUACAUCCGAGGUUCACUCGCUCGGGCUUCCUCCGCGCAAUCCUUAUAACAAUAACCCAGUUUGCCGCAGACGACUCCUAGCCCAUAGACCUCAACCCAUCGCUACACAACCGAUAACACAGCAGAAAUGACCGACCCCAACAAAGGCGCCAAAAUCACUCUCUACUGGCUGGCGCAAUCCCGCUCCCACCGCAUCCUUUGGCUCCUCGAAGCCCUGCACCUUACCUACGAACUCAAGAUCUACCACCGCGGGCCCGACAAACUCGCCCCGCGCGAGCUGAAAGAGAUCCACCCGCUCGGCAAAUCGCCCGUCCUGACCAUCCAGCCUGCGACUGCGACUGCCACCACCGACGCCGCCGCCGAUGCGGACAAGCCCAUCGUACUGGCUGAAUCCGGCCUGAUCAUCGAGUACCUCCUCGACCACUUUGGGGAGAAUGCCGACCACCCGCUCAUCCCGGCGCGGUAUCCCUUGGACAAACCCGGGGGCGUGGGCGGGGAGACGGAGGCGUGGUUUCGGUAUCGGUACUACAUGCACUAUGCGGAGGGCUCGCUGAUGCCGUUUUUGGUGAUGCAGUUGGUGAUGGAUACGGUUAAAAACCCCCCGAUUCCCUUCUUCCUGAAGCCGCUUCCGCGGAUAGUGGCCGGGCAGGUGGAGAAGGCGUUCCUGGAACGCAAUAUCGCGGCUCAUCUGGAUUUCUUGGAGACGCAGCUGCGCACUAGCCCGAACGGCGGGCCGUAUCUCUGUGGGGAUGUAUUGACGGCGGCGGACAUCAUGAUGAGUUUCCCCGUGAUUGCCAUGGCGGGGCGGUUGUCGCUGGAAGGGUAUCCCACGUUGAGCGGGUAUGCGGAGAGGCUGCAGCAGGAGGCGGGGUAUGUGGCGGCGUGUCGGAAGAUCGAGGAGGUGGAUGGGAAGUUUGAGGCUUCUCUUUAAGGCCCCCUUUUAGGGCUGUUCUUGCUGUUGAACGUUAGGUACGUGAUAGAGGGAUUGAUUGGUAUAAGGUUAAUGUAAUGUCUU